AUGGCAUCUAUCCCCAACGAAACCGUGCUUGACGCUCUCAUCGUGGGAGCUGGCUUUGGUGGGGUCUACCAACUCAAACACCUCCGCGAUGCUGGAUACAAGGUCAAACUGGUUGACACUGCCAGCGACUACGCCGGUGUUUGGUAUUGGAAUCGUUAUCCAGGCGCCCGUGUUGACAGUGCCGUCCCCCUCUACCAGUUCUCUGACCCUAACCUCUGGGACGAGUGGAACUGGUCACAGAGGUUUCCGGGAAGUAAAGAAUUACGUGAUUACUUUACUUUCGUCGCAGACAAAUGGGACCUUCGAAAAGACACGGAGUUUAAGGUCUUUAUUUCAAAAGCUACUUGGGACGAUGAGACAGCAACCUGGACGAUCGAGAGCGGGGGUGGUAAUAUAUACCGCGCAAAGUAUUUCCUUCUUAACACCGGGUUCGCGGCUAAACGAUACACCCCCGACUGGAAAGGCAUUGAUAAAUUCCCUGCAUCUGCAUGGGUCCAUCCCUCGUACUGGCCCAAGGAGGAGCCCGAUUUGACAGGGAAGAGAGUCGCUGUUAUUGGAACCGGCUCAACGGGUGUGCAGCUAGCCCAGGAGCUUAGCCAAGUAGCAAGCGAGUUUGUUUUAUUCCAGAGGACACCAAACAUGGCCCUUCCUAUGAAACAAGUCGACUAUACAAAGCCUCUAACGAAGGAUAAAUACCCUAGGGUGUUUGACGGUCGUUAUGAGAGCUUUGGGGGUUUUGACUUCAGUUUCCUUCCGCGGGGCACUUUCGAAGAUACACCGGCAGAAAGGGAAAUGGUGUAUGAAGGAUUGUGGAGCCAGGGCGACUUUCAAUUCUGGCUUGCUACAUAUAACGAUAUGUUGUUUCGGGAGGAUGCCAAUAAGGAGGCCUACGACUUUUGGAAGAAGAAAGUCAGAGCACGAAUUCAAGACCCACGCCUACAAGAGAUAUUGGCACCAGAGAUACAACCUUACAGCUUUGGCUGCAAACGGAUAUCGCUGGAGAAUGGAUAUUAUGAGAUAUUCAACCAACCUAACGUCUCACUUGUUGACGUCAACUCUACACCCAUUGUCGAAGUUACAGAGCGAGGAAUUAAGACAACCGAGAAAGAAUGGGAAUUCGACUACGUUGUCUGCGCAACAGGGUUUGACGCCAUUACAGGUGGUUUAAUGAAUAUCGAUAUCCAGGGUCGGGGGGGGCAGAAAAUCGCCGAAAAGUGGAAGUCAGGGGCCAAGACUUACCUCGGUAUGGCCACGACUGGCUUCCCUAAUAUGUUCUUUACCUAUGGGCCCCAAGCGCCGACAGCAUUGUGCAACGGUCCCACGUGUGCAGAAGCACAAGGGAGUUUCAUCCUCAAGGUAAUGGACCAUAUGAAAGAGAGGAAACUGCAAAAGAUAGAGGCAGGGGAGACUGCAGAGGCAGCCUGGGGCGAUGACGUUCGCAAAUUUGCUGAUAUGUCUCUACUCCCAUCCACAAAAUCGUGGUAUAUGGGUGAUAACAUCCCGGGAAAACCGCGCGAGUGCUUAAUCUACCUCGGGGGAGUCCCUAACUACUACAAAUCUUUGAAGAAAUGCUCUGAAGGAGACUACACGGGAUUUACAUUUGCUUAG